AUCCGUUGCUGUCAUUUCGUGUCUGUCGUGUUGAACAGCAGGGAGGAGUUUUUCUGAAGUGAUUUCCACCCCAAAAGUCUCGAGUAAAAAUGUCAAAACAUCAUCAAAGUGGUCCACCGCCAGUUCAAACGUACAAAUUGGUUGUUGUCGGUGGCGGCGGCGUGGGAAAGUCCUCAAUAACAAUCCAAUUUAUUCAGAGUUACUUUGUAACCGACUAUGACCCCACUAUCGAAGAUUCUUACACAAAGCAAUGCAUCGUUGACGACACGCUGGCUAAACUUGAUAUUCUCGACACAGCGGGGCAAGAAGAAUUCAGUGCAAUGCGUGAACAGUACAUGCGUUCCGGUGAAGGAUUCCUCCUUGUCUACUCCCUGACUGAUCACUCCAGUUUCGAAGAGAUUCCUAAAUUCCAAAAACAGAUUCUACGCGUCAAGGAUCGCGAUGAAUUCCCCAUGUUAAUGGUCGGCAAUAAAUCGGAUAUGGAGAGCAAUCGUCGCGUAUCCCUGGAGGAGGCACAAAUGAUGAGCCGACAACUGGGAAUUCCCUACAUUGAAUGUAGUGCCAAAUUACGAGUCAACGUCGACCAAGCUUUUCAUGAGUUAGUCCGUAUCGUGCGGAAAUUUCAAUUGGCCGAGCGGCCAUUAAUCGAAGAAACUUACAAACGUAAGAAUAAAACACGUUGUUGUGUUUUAUAAAAACAAUUGAGUAGAGUUGGCAGCUGGUGGCAACGGUAUUUUUUAUUGUUGCGCUGUUUUUGUAGAGAUGGUUCGAUUCUGAAAAAGAAGCACAAAUGAAACGCAAAACACAAGCUUAGAGAGAAUAAGGAAGAGCUGAUAACAAUAAUGCCAAAAUUUAAUUGCAUUUUGGUUAUGUGCCUUUUAUCCAGGCGAAUUUUUAAUAAUCUCGACCUGGAGCUAAAACUAACCUAUUACUACUAAUUAAACCCCAAAACUAAAGCAUUAAGUUGUUUUUAUAGGAACAAUUUCUUCCGUAAAAAAUUCUUAUUAUUUGUCACGUUCAAGAACCAAAUUUACAAUGAAUCUCAUUUACAAAUGGGACGCUAAGAUUAACUAUACAAUACUAGUCCAUAAUUUAUUUAAACAAGCGAAUCGAUUAACUUUUAAGAGGGGACGCAAGAAAACAAAUUAAAUUUCCAACUCUGAACGUUUGUAUCCAUCUGGCGAUAUUUUAAUUUGUUACACGCGGAGAAUAUUCGGUUACGGACACAUACAAAGCAUUUAAUAAUAAGAGAAAUACAGCAACAAUAAUAUAUAAAGUAACGAGAAAAGUAAAUCUAUACUGCCUUUAAUAUAUGUAACACACAAUUUUGAACAACUGAUCAAAAGAUAAACAACAGACGGAACAAGUGUACACCAAUUUUGUAGCGACUAAGUUUUCGUGUAAUUACAAUGUCAAAGUACAUAACUAAGUGGAUUUAUAUUUUUAAUAAUUUUAUUUGUCAAGAAUUGAAAAUUCGCUGAGUUAGAAGCUAAAUUGUUAACGAAAUUUUUAUAAUAUUAUUUACAAAGAAAGAAAAACAUGUGCAAACGUGAAA